AUGCAGCUCCAUGUCUCGUUCGUGGGGGUGAUCGCUACCGUUCUUGGGAUAACCCGGGGCAGGUUACACCCGAUCCGGGCCAUACCCACGACCAUGGGCGAGCUACUCACGAAAAGAUUGCGCAAGACACGCCGUGAUGGUGAAAACAAUGUCUCGCGCCACGGCGGGAUUCCCGUAGUUGGGCAACACGAUGACGUCCUGGACUCCUGGCAUCUCAGGUCGAGGUUACAGCAGGGUGAUAUCGGCUAA